AUGUUCAAAAAAUUCAACUUCAGAGACGACGUAGCCUCACAGUCCCAAGUUAAAUCAUCAGUACAAAGGGCAAUACGUACAAAGUUACUGGAUCAGUAUCCAAACUUGGAGUCAGUCAUUGAGGAGGUAUUACCGAAAAAGGCUCAUGUAGUGCUAGUUAAAUGUCACGAGCACAUAAAUCUGUUGAUGCUAAACAAUGAAAUUCUAUUCUUUCAACACUUUGAUGGACCUUAUUAUCCCACUCUCCGACUUGUUCAUAAGUAUCCUACACUCUUCCCGCGAGUUCAAGUCGAUAGAGGUGCAAUAAAAUUCAUUCUUUCAGGAGCCAACAUCAUGGCCCCUGGGUUAACGUCGGCAGGAGCAAAGAUGGAAGAGGAUCUACCAGGUAACAGUAUUGCCACUGUAUACGCCGAAGGGAAAGAACAUGCUCUUUCUAUUGGAUUGCUGAAGAUGUCUACUGCGAACAUAAAACAAAUAAACAAAGGCAUAGCAGUAGAUAACGUACAUCAUCUUGGAGACGCGCUAUGGAGGACGACCAUUGAAACUUGA